AUGCAAAUGAAAUUAUUAAAUGCAUUUGGCUUACUAGCAAAUAGCAUUGACCGAUUACUUGUCGUAGCUUAUCCGAUUUAUUAUUUUCGAUCUAUUCGAAAAUUAAACACAAUUUUAUUGAUUGGCUUGUAUAUUAUAUCACUUUCUAUUGCACUGUUAAGUAUUAUUAUCACUCAAUUAAGCCCAGAUAAAAUGACUGGAAGCAAUUGCGCUCAUCAAAAAGCACUUGAUCCAAAGGCAUUAUUUUUGGUGCAAUCAUUUAGCACAUCAGGUUCUUUAAUGAGUAUUGUUAUAAUGAUAUGUAUUGUGCACUGUAACAAACGGUUAGCUUAUUAA